UAUAUGGCUGGCUGCACCUGGCCAGCCAUCUGCCAGAGCCUCCUUCUGCAGGACAGAAUCCAGGCGGGACCCAGAAGGCUCGAGGCUGUGUGACCCUACACUCAGGAGAAGUUGGCUCCAGCACCAUGAGAGGGGUCUUCACGGUGGUGGUCACUACAGCACUGGCCAUUGCAGCUGUAGAGUCCCUCAGCUGCACUCAGUGUAAUUCACUUACAAACUCCUGUAUCAACGCCAGUGCCUCCGAAUGUCCUUCGGAUGCCAGCAACAGCUGUGUCAGUUCCUCGGCCAACUCCUCUCUAGGAGGAAAAAUCAGAAUGCAGCAGGAAAUGUUCUGCUCAGCAGCCGACUGCAGCGGGGAGACAGACUUGCUCCUAGCCUUCUCUGUCCACGUGUCUGAUGGAGAACGCUUCAAUUUCGCGAGCCAGUGCUGCCAAGAAAAGGCCUGUGAUGUCGCCUACAGUACCCUGGAUUCUCCGCCAGAAGAUCUUUCCAGCACGGAGUGCCCUGCUUGCCAUGGCCCUAAUGCCACAUCCUGUAUCCCGAAACCCCGGAAAUGUUAUAAAGAAGAACAGUGUGUCUCUCUCAUUGCCCAGAAUCAUGAUGCCACUGAGAUGCUGGUGCUGCAAGGCUGCUCCAACAUCAGCAACUCCAUCUGCCAGCUCCUGUCUGCUGGAAACCAGAGGAUUGGGAUAUUCGCCUUCCAAAAGGUUGAAUGUAGAGACCCCUCCGAUCAGAGCGCUGACUUCAGCAUAGACUCCCGCGCCUCCGAUCCGAGCGCUGACUUCAGCAUAGACUCCCGCGCCUCCGAUCCGAGCGCUGAC